UCCCGAGCCUAUUUCAAAGUUUUAUUCAUGUCUACUGAUUUAGUUGAAGGGAAUGUAUGUAGUCAUGAAAACUGUGUUGUUCUAUCUCAGUUAGACAGCUUGGAAUUUGGUGUUUUCAAACUAGACGCUUCUGAAUCACAUGAACGUCGCGAACUGCUUGAAAAGGCAGUGGACUACUUUGAUAGUAUAAUCUCUCAGACUGUCUUAGAAGUUGAGGAAGAACGUGCUAUAGAAGAAAGUGAAGCUCUUACUAAAGUCGAGACAGGUAUCUUAGAGGAGAAUUCAAACACAGUACGAUACAGGAUAUACGAGAAAUACGCACCGCGCCUUGAGAAACUUAUUGAACCACAAAUUUACCUAUAUCUUGGACAUUCCCAGCUUUUGCUUAAUCGCUUUGAUGACGCACUAUCUGCUUAUCUCAAGUUUGAAUCUCUUUGUCCGAAACAAUCUUCAGUCAAUUGUGCUUUCCUCUACGGACUAGGUCUGUGUUGUUUUCGCUUCAACGCUUUCAACAGGACAAUAAGGCUAUUCCAACAAAUUUUAUAUCUUCAACCUUGGUUCUCAAAGUGCAAAGAAAUACAUAUUCGUCUUGGUUACAUUUACAAAGUACAAAAUAAUUUUGAACGAAGUUUACGACAUUUUCGACAAGCGCUCAACGACUCUACACGCGGUACAUUUAAUCGAGUUGAAUUACGUUUUCACACUGCACAUUUGUUCGAAGUGUGUGGUAAACCCGAACAAGCGAAAACUGAGUACUUCCAAUUGUUAGAUACUGAGAAAAGUGACGCUCCGUCGCAUAUCCGACAUCUUUGUCUACGACAGUUAGCUUGGCUUCAUCAUACAGGUGCUCUUGGACCGAAACCUGAAUCACCUAAUGAAAAAGGCCUGGAUGUACAGUGGUUACAAAGUGCUCUGGAAUUAGUCAAUACAAAUGGUAAGACCUGGUAUCUACUAGGUCGUUGCCAGGCUGCUUUAAAUCAUGUUCAAGAAGCUUUUGCCGCGUAUAGAAGUUCUAUAGACAAAACGGAGGCUAGUGCAGUUACCUGGUGUUAUAUUUGA